CUAGCCUAGCUGAGAACAUGCUGCUAAAUAAGAACAGAGUUUCAUGUGGAGGUAGGUCAGUUGUCACUGGCUCUCGACCCAAAACAGUUCACUGCGCAGUGCACACUGUACUUACCACAGCAACUUUUGCAUAUUGCAGCUGCCAUUUCCUUUGUGUUGCUGUUGCUGUUCUUAUUGUUUAUUAUUAACAACUUGUGAUUAAUAAUUGUUUACUGUGAGUCAAAUGCAUGUGGCGCGGCUGGAAAUGCAAACUGGAAGCCAAAUGGCGGACGCUAGCGGAGGGUUGGUUGGUUGGUGGCCACGUUGCCCCUGGCAACGCUUCAUUCAACACGCGGUGCGUCAACAAAGCGACCAAAAGCAAAAGCCAAGCAGCAACGGCGGCAACGGCAACGGCAACGAGACAACGGCAACCACAACAAAAGCCAAAAUGGCAACGAAACUUGACAGAAGGACAAUAACAGGCAACGGAGAAUGUCCUUUAAGGAUGUGCGUGAUCUGGGGGAGCAGCUGAAGCUGUUGGGCUUUCCGCGCGUCUUUCCGCUGCAAUCACUGGGCAAUCAGCAUGGCAGCCUGGCCAGCUUUCAUAUUGUGGCCGAGCUGCUCCAAUGGCUGGCCGAGCUGCUGGAGCCGGGCGCUGUGCUGGCCGGCGGCGUCUCGACGGAGGAGCAGCGUGUGCUGCUGAUUCGCGCAGCCACCGAAUUCUUUGUCACCAAGUCGGGCAUACGACUCAAUCCGCGCAAGCUUUACGCAGCCGCUGCUGUCAGCGCCAUGGAGCUGCAGAAGAUUACGCGACUGCUGAUAGCGCCGCAGCAGUCGCAGAGCGAGCUGCACGAUGAGGAGCGUGAGCAGUACCGCUCGCUCAAUCAGGUGGACAUUGGCGACAAGCUGGAGCAGCUGCGUCGCGCACGCGAGCUCAGCUCCGAGCUGACGCAACGUGGCGCCGCUUUGCAUGAUCUGCUGUCCCAGGAGCUGCUGCAUAAGGAGGCGCGACUGGCGCAGGCACAACGCCCCAUGGAGCUGCUGAGCGUGGAGCGCAGCAUGAAGCAGGCCAUACAAUCGAAUCAGCUGAAGCUGCAGUCCAGUCGCGCCCAGCUGGAGAACUCGCGCGUGGAGCUCAAUGCGCUCAACUCGAAGCUGCAGCGCAAGCGCGCGGAACUGGAGCGCACCAAGCAGCGGCUGGAGGCGCUGCAGAAAAUCCGGCCAGCCCACAUGGCCGAGUUCGAGGAGUACGAGCAGCAGCUGCAGCAGCUAUUCCAGCGCUACUUCUUGCGCCUGCAUGUGCGCGAUGCGCUGCGCACGCAGCUGGAGGCGCGCAGCAAGCGACGUGCCACGCCCACUGCCUCGCCGCUGCUGCAAAAGCCCGCCGAGAACUCCAUACCCUUUAUACCGGAGGGACUCAUAGAAGACGACGACGACGACGAUGAGGACGACGACGACGACGACGUUGACGUGGCGCAGUCACAGGCGCCGGGCAGCAGCAACGUCUUUGCUCUGGAUGCCGAAAUACCCGACAUACGCGAUGAGGAUUUGCUGCUGCAGCGCAGUCAGACCAGCAAGCGUCCAGGCACGGCCACCUCACGCAUACGCCCCACCACUGGACGCAGUCGUCGUGCCACAGCCACAGCCACUGCCGGCGCCGCAGCAGCAGCAGCGCCACCCACACGCAAUGGACGUGAAGGUCCUGGCAGCAGCAUGUUGCGUCGCCGCGACGCCAACGCCGACGACAGCAGCUUUGGCAGCAGCGACAGCGAACUGGACGUGGGCGACAUUAUGACGAUGGCGCCAGGCGAUGAUGAUUUUGAUCUCAACUCCAUAGACGACAUCAGCAUUUCGAAGCUCACCGGCGAGCUGCCGCUGCGUCCCAAGACCGCCAGCAAGCCGGAGCACCACAGCGAUGAGGAUUUCUAAAUCAGACACGCUCUCUCUCUUUUUAUUCUAUAUAUUUUAUACUUUAUUCGUUUC